GUACAUAUGGAUCGUAUCCCAUGCAGAGUCGAGGAAGGAGCUGCCCUUGCUCAGUGUCAACUCUUUCCAAAAAGACUCUGUUGAUAGUCGUAGUGCUCUGGUUAGGGCUGCCAGUAUUAGAAGUAUGGCGGCGAUAAGAGUCCUCGAGAUGAUACAGGUGGUUAUGGCAGCUGUGAAUCAAGCUGCAGUAGACUCCUCAGCCUAUGUCAGGAAGUCGGUCGCUGCAGUAUGCCUUCCACAGGUAUUCGUGACGGACGUCGAUCAGUUUCCGUUGGUUCGGAAUCUCCUCAUUAAAAUGAUGGCAACUGAUGGGUCCGAGCUG